AUGGAUACAGAAGAAAGUAUUCGAGAAGAGGCCCUUGCAAAUGAAGAAGAAAUGAGCUCUGGUUCUGGCGGCGAAACUGAAGAAGAGGAGGACGACUCAGUUGAUGAGUCUUCUGAAGAAAUGGACGAAUCUUCGGAAGGUGAAUCUGAAGACGAGGAAGAACCGAAAUUGAAAUAUAAACGUCUUGAUGCCGGUGAGCUAUUAACAAAAGACGCUGCAAGCACAAUGGCAGUAUCCGAUCGGUUUGUGGCUUUGGGAACACACAAUGGCAAUGUUUUCAUAUUAGACUUUGACGGCAAUUUAAUUAAACGCUUUUCAUCGCAUUCGGCAACUGUCAACGAUAUAUCAAUCGAUGCAGCUGAAGAGUAUGUUGCCAGCGCUUCAAUGGACGGCAAGAUCGUAAUUCAUGGGAUGUAUGUUGACUCCGUUCAAGUUUUUAACUAUCGUCGACCACUUAAAUGCGUCGCACUCGAUCCUGAUUUUAGCCGAAAAGAUACUCAGCAGUUUGUAUCUGGUGGUUUGGCUGGUCAACUGAUAUUAAAUGAAAAAGGAUGGUUUGGUCAGAAACAGGAUAAGGUGCUUCAACAUUCUGGAGAGGGUCCAAUAUAUGCUGCAAGAUGGAAAGGCACACUAAUAGCUUACGCCAAUGACGAAGGUGUGAAAAUGUAUGAUACCCAGUCGCAACAACGUAUUACUUAUAUCAAACGGCUUCAAAAUAGUCCUAGACCAGAUUUAUAUCGUUGCAACCUUUGCUGGCGUAAUGACACUCAGUUGUUAAUAGGCUGGGCAAAUUACAUUCAAAUAGCUACUGUCAAAGAACAAAAUGUAUCAGGUCAUCCACCGCUCUUUGCUGAGGUUAACUUGAUAUUAAACACAACCGAUUACAUAGUGUGUGGUCUUGCACCGUUUGGUGAUAUGACAAUAAUAUUAGCUUAUCUUACUAUUGACGUUGCAACAAAUGAUGAUUGCGAUGAUCCAGAACAACAUAAACGUCCCCACGCUAAAUGCCCUGAACUUCGAAUUAUAAAUUCAUCCAAUGAUGAAAUUUCAAUUGAUGCAUUACCACUUCAUGGAUUUAUUCAUUAUCAGGCCAAUGAUUAUAUUCUUGAUUAUUUUCCAUCAGAAGACAUGUUUUACGUUGUCAGUCCAAAAGAUCUUGUAUUGGCGAAGCCGCGCGAUUCCGAUGAUCAUAUCGGUUGGCUUUUAGAUCGUUCUAGGUAUGAGGAAGCCUUAGAAUCGCUUCAAGAGGCUCAAGCUUGGGGUGGUAGUAAGAUUUAUGAUUUAAAUGAAAUUGGAGAGAGAUACCUAGCAUAUUUAGUUGAACAAGCAAACAAAGAAUUAUGGGAAAAAUGGAUUUUUGCGUUUGCUAAAAUGAGGCAACUAAAGGAAAUUACACAAUAUAUACCAUUUAAAGAUCCACAACUUAGUAGCACUGUAUAUGAAAUGGUGUUGGCAUACUUUUUGAAUCAUGAUCAUAAGUCUUUAUAUGAAACUAUAAUGAAUUGGCCAUCAACAAUUUAUAAUAUUCAAAGUGUCAUUGUUCUUAUCGAAGAUGUUUUGGAAAAAGACACUGAAAAUAAAACUUUAAUGGAGUGUUUAGCUGAACUGUAUGCUUACAACCGUGAACCCGAUAAAGCACUUGAAUAUAAUCUUCGUUUGCGUAGACCAAACGUUUUUGAUUUAAUAAGAGAAUAUAAUCUAUUCUCAGCUGUACAAGAUAAAGUAAUUCUUUUGAUGGACUUUGAUCAGCAUUUAAUAUCAGAGGCACAAGGGGAGGAUGAAGCAAAGGAUGAACAAAUUCAUACUCAUGCACCACCUGCCAAAGCAAAGAAUAUGCCAGCAGUUCAGUUAUUAGUCGAAAAUACUGAUUCAGUUCCGAUUGGUCAUGUUGUUAGUCAAUUACAAUCUCGUCGUUAUUUCUUACACAUAUACUUGGAUGCACUAUUUACUCGAGAUCAUCAUAUGGGAUUUGAAUUCCAUGAUCUUCAAAUAGAAUUAUACGCAGAGUAUGAUUAUUCCAGAUUAAUAGAAUUCUUGCGAGCUAGCAAUUAUUACUCUCUAGAAAAAGCAUAUCAAAUCUGUAAAGAGAGAGAUUUAGUUCCAGAAAUGGUGUUCAUUCUUGGUCGUAUGGGCAAUAAUAAACAAGCUUUAAUGUUAAUUAUAGAACGAUUAGGAGAUGUUCAACGUGCAAUCGACUUUGCUACAGAGCAAGCUGAUGACAGAUUAUGGGAAGAUUUAUUGAGAUAUUCUUUAGACAAACCACGUUUUAUUACUGGCUUAUUGGAAAACCUUGGUAGCAUUGAUAUUGACCCAAUACAGUUAAUAAAGAGAAUUCCAGACGGCUUAGAAAUCGUUGGACUUAAGCAAGCUUUAAUUAAAGUACUUCAGGACUUCAACUUACAGGCAUCUUUAAGAGAAGGAUGUCAAACAAUUUUAGUGAGUGACAGUGUGUCUAUGGCUAAUCAACUUCAUCGAGCACAAAAGCGCGGGAUUUCAUGUGGAGACGAUGUGAUUUGCAAUAUUUGCUCUGCAUCUAUAAUCAAAGAUGUCAAUUUGUCCGAUGCUGCUUCUACUCAUUUGAUAUUCUUUUGUGGUCAUGUUUUUCAUGAAAAAUGUCUUUUUGAAAAUGACACAAUUCCAAAACUACCGGAAAAGCUUAAUAAACCACAUUCAGUUAGCACAAAAGUUCGUCAUGCAAGUGUUCUUCGAGCGAUGACACCUAGGCCAAAAUGUCCGAUUUGUAAUGAAUCAAAUCAAACCACCAAACAAAAGGAAAAGAGUGGUCCUAUUACCGGUAGAAUUCGUGGUUUUGUUCGAAGUCCAAGGGAAGAUGAUGGAAUGCCUCCAAUGGUUCCUCUAAGGCUUUGA